UCCCUUUCUUGGAAAUACUUACAGAUAAAAGACAUCAAAGAUUUUUUAUCAGCUACAUCCUUAAAGAAGCUGUUUUCUUAAAUCACAAUCAAAGUCUUUUCCAAGAUGCGCGUUUUUACUUUUUUACUGAUUUCUGUUGCUUAUGUUGCAGAUAUAUAUUCAUUCAGUAUUGAUUCUAAAUUAAAUGCAGUGUGUGACUGUGGAGAUGGAAAAUGUGAAUUGGAUGCAACUGAUUCACCAAAGCCCUGUCUUUGUAAUGCCAAAACGAAGGCAUAUAAUAGUAAAUGUCGAAGGUGUGACUGUGGCGAUGGUCCAUGUGAACUGGAUGAAUAUGGUUACUCGAAACCUUGUAUUUGUGAAGGAAAAUUGAAGAAACUUCCCUGCGGAAAAUGUAGACUGUGUGACUGUGGUGAUGGGAAUUGUGAAUUGGAUGCAGAUGGUUAUCCAAAGCCUUGUGUUUGUGAUGGAAAGUUGAUGGAAUAUAAUGGAAAAUGUAAAGUGUGUGACUGUGGAGAUGGACAAUGUGAAUUGGAUGAAAAUGGUUCACCAAAACCUUGUGUUUGUGAUGGCAAGUUGAAGGAAUAUGAUGGAAAAUGUAAAGGGUGUGACUGUGGAGAUGGACAAUGUGAAUUGGAUGAAAAUGGUUUCCCUAAACCUUGUGUUUGUGAUGGCAAUUUGAAGGAAUAUAAUGGAAAAUGUAAAGUGUGUGACUGUGGAGAUGGACAAUGUGAAUUGGAUGAAAAUGGUUUCCCUAAACCUUGUGUUUGUGAAGGCAAUUUGAAGGAAUAUAAUGGAAAAUGUAAAGUGUGUGACUGUGGAGAUGGACAAUGUGAAUUCGAUGGAUAUGGUUUCCCUAGACCUUGUGUUUGUGAUGGCAAGUUGAAGGAAUAUAAUGGAAAAUGUAAAGAGUGUUUCUGUGGCAAUGGAAGUCGUUAUUGCAGUUUCCGAGAGGAUGGAAAAAAACAAUGUUCCUGUAAAUCAGACUACUCUCUAAUAAAUGGUACCUGCAAAGCAUGUUAUUGUGGCAAACAAAGUUACCGGUGUACUUACAAUGAUAAUGGACAAAAAUAUUGUAAAUGUUACGAAGGAUACAUUCAGAGGAAUGGUAUCUGUGAAGAGUGUUUCUGUGGCAACGGAAGUAAAUUAUGUUUUUUCCAUGAGCAUGGACAAAAACACUGUGUUUGUGAAGAAGGAUACUCUCAAAGAAAUGGGACCUGUAGAGCCACAUGUGAGUGGAGUGGAGACUGUUUGAACGAUGGAAUCUGUGUUUUUGAAGAAGGCAGUUAUUUUUGUAAGUGUCAUGAAUAUUUCAAAGGUGAUAAGUGUGAAAUAAACGAGGCCUGUAAGCCAAUUGAAAUUUCCUGUGAAGCCAUGAAGGCAAAGUGUAAAUAUGUGGCAUGGCUAAGAAAAGCUUUCUGUGAAUGUCCACCUUCUACUCAAUACGACUGGAAUUUGAACUACUGCGUUGAAAAACCAAGUUCAUUGUAUUUCAUACUAUUAUGCAUAGCAUCAGGCUUUCUCCUUAUAUCCACAUUAUCUUUAAUCAUUGUUUACAGAAAGUUUCGAAGCAAAAUCAGCAAUAAAUAAAAGAAAGAAGACUACAUUUGUUAACAUUUUAAU